UUAUAUCUUCAUAAUAUAUAAUCGUUCAAGGUUAUUCGAUUUGUGAUUCCAAUUGGACGAUUGAUCGACGAUGGAAGGGGUCAUAUAAAAUAAAUGAAGAAAAAACAGGGAUCUUUGAACGAACUUCUCGCCUUUUAUCUCAUUCCGUUAUGUCACUCCGCACGGUAUUAACUUCUCUGUAUAUCUAAGCUCGCACUAGCUCGCGCGAGAGAGUUACAAUUUUACAAAGAAGCGAGGAAAGGGGGAGAAAAAGUGGAGUCCCGCGACAAUGGAGAAGCACGACGGAACCGAGAGCUUGGAGGAAUCGAAAUUUCGCGACAGGCAAUUAUUGGCGGCUUUGGGCCCGUUGCUGUCCAUGCUGACAGUCGGCCUGACCCUCGGCUUCAACACCGUGCAAUUGAUCCAAUUAACAAGCGACGUGAACGAGAGCGGGACAGAGAUACGGAUAACGAGCGAAGGCGAGGCGCAUCUGCUCUUCUCCGCCUCCAGCUUCCCGACGCUACUCGGCUGUCUGUUGUCGGCGAUCCUCGUGGAGACGGUGGGCAGGAGGAGGUCCUUGAUGAUAAUCUACCCAGUGUCCUUGAUCGGAUGGGCGUCGAUCGGCCUCGCGAGGGAUAUCUCAUCGAUCGCGAUCGGGAGGGCGAUCCACGGCCUGGCAGCCGGCCUCUUCACCCCUCUCGCGCCCGUCUACAUCGGCGAGAUAUCGGAUCCAAGGUCCAGGAGCGUGUUCCUCGCCCUGAUAGACGUGGCAAUAGUAUUUGGUCUUCUAAUCGUCAACCACCUCCACGCCUAUUAUUUACAUUGGAGGAUCAUCGUUCGCGUCUGCUCGGCCGUCACGUGCCUCGUCUCCCUCGCAACCCUCGCCUCUCGGGAGAGCCCCUGGUGGCUGGUGAACAGGGGUCGAGCGGAGGACGCGUUGAGCCAAUGGAUCUAUCUUCGAGGAUGGGAAUCGGGGAUGGACGAGUAUCGUGACGCGUCGAAACGCGUCUCCAAUGCGCGGAACCGGACGAGGAUGAACGACAGGUUAGGAUAUCUGUUGUCCAAACGCUUUUUGUACCCGUUCCUCGUAUCGAACGCCUCGUUCUUCGUUUAUCGAUUCUCUGGAUUAAACUUGGUCGCCGAUCAAGCCAUUCCUGCCCUCGUGGAAACGUUCAAGAUGGACAACGCUCGAUCCGCCACUUUGAUCGUGCUCGGGCUGAGAUCGAUCGCGAGCGUGCUCGGUUGCCACCUGAUAACGAAAUACGAGAUGAAGACUUUGAUCUUCAACUCUGGAUCGGGCGUCGUGUUUUCUCUGUUCGUGUUGUGGCUCACCACCCAUUUCGACUUACGCUCGUUAUGGUUGAAGGAUAUCUCGUUGCUCGUCUAUUUCGUCUCGUUGGGGAUAGGUCUGUCACCUGUCCCGUGGAUCCUCACCGGAGAAUUGUUCUCGGGCAAGUUGAGAAGUUUCGGGAUCGGCCUCGUGCUCGCCCUCUCGUAUCUCUGCUACAUCGUGGACACGAUCGUUGCGCCGGAAUUGGUGGCCGAGAUCAAGGUGCAGGGAGUUUAUGUAAUUUACAGUCUGUUGGUGAUAGUCGGGGUUGCAUUCUUGGACCGCGUGUUAUCCCAGGCUAGGAGGAACGAUCAGACUCUGCCGAGGAUAGGAGAAAUGUUCGACGAUGAAUUCGAGGAUUCUGGAAACGUUGAAAUGAUCUAGGAAAGAAAAGUUUUAUAA